AUGGAUGUGACAACAGGCGGCCACAUUGUCGGUAAAAUCCGCCAAAAGGCUGACUGCUCUCGACCAGUCUUCUCGAUCCAAAACGCGUACGACCAAGAAGUCCUCCGAAUCGUUGGUCCCAUGGUCACCAUCAACUGUUGCAGCAACGUCGAGUUUGAAGUCGUCACAGCAGACGACAUUGUUGUCGGAAAGGUUUCAAAACUUUGGAGCGGCAUGGCGCAGGAAAUGUUUACCGACUCGGACAAUUUUGGAAUCAACUUCCCGAUCGAUUUGGAUGUCAAUAUCAAAUUGACGCUCAUGGCCAGCGUUUUCCUCAUCGUAAACAUGAAGCAAAUGAUUAUGAAUUUGGACAUUCUCGAGCUUUUUCUUGAUCUAAGUGGAGCGGCCAUCGUCUGGUUUAUCGCCAAAAUGUUCUAUGAAUUUCGACACUCGUCUAAAAUCAAAGAACUCAAAUUGAAGUUUGAACUCGACAUCGUGGAAGCGGAUUACAAGCAGGCGAAACAUAUGCAAGACUUUUACCGCGAACAAUACGACAAACUGUUCGAAAGAAAAAUGGCGCCCGCAGAGCCUCCGCGCCGAUACCAACGAUUGGAAACCGUCAGUUUUGGCGACCUCGGCCAGCCUCGUGACGCUGGAGACUAG